AUGGGGCCCUGGCCAGCAGAGCCCGCAAGUCCCGGCUGUCGCCAAACCCAGACAGGCGGUGCCGUGGACAUGCUGCUCCCGCUGCUGACCGUGGGCCUGGCGCUGCUCUGGGGCCUCCAGGCUCACGAGAGCUACGAGGAGUCCUGGAAAGACGUGGUGGAGGUGAGACCUCAGGGGUACGAGGGAUACGUGCUCCCGGGGGUCGGGGCCGGGCUGUCUGGGAGCUGGUACUCUGCCGCCAUGGCCUCCAACAACUCGGCUCUGAUCGGUCCCCACGGCCACUUCAGGGUUUUGUCAACACCGGAAGGACCCAAGUACAGGAGACAGUUCAUCACUGCGCUCAAGACUCAUCACAAAACCCAAUUCACCAUUACGUUUUGGGGACACAACGAUAUCUACCUGGCAAAGGUGAAGCCCAAGAACUACCUGAUUCACUACAUCAUCAACCGCUACCACGGUGUGACCAGCCUGCUGGCCUACAUGUUGGUCCGGGACCAGGUCACAUGCCCGGAGUUCCUGAAGGAAUUCAGGUCCUUCUGUGAAGACCUCGGCCUGGACAGUGAGCAGACGGUGGUUCUGAGCCCUCAGGAUCGCUGCGAGAUGUUCAGAAACUAG